GCCUAUCCAAAACCCUCUCACCACAUCUUCCUGCUUUAUCAAUCUCUCUCUUUUCCUCUCUGUUUUUGAGACCUUUAAACCCUAGUAGAUAUGGCGGAUCAGGGGCUCCCGGUGUCGGGAGAUAUUGCAUUCAUCGGAGGAGCUCAAAACUUCUGCGAGAGGAAAGUGAUGGUGGCGAUCGACGAGAGCGAGUACAGCCACUACGCCCUCAUGUGGGCCCUCGACAACCUCAAGGAAUCGUUGUCCAAGGCUCCCCUCGUGAUCUUCAUGGCCCAGCCUCCCACCCAGGGCACCUACUCCUUCGCCGCCUCCCUCAGUUCUGCUCGCAUGUACACUGUUUCAUCCACUCCAGACUUUGUCGACUCUGUCAAAGAAAACCAAAGGAAGUUUGCGUCUGCUCUCUUGGCAAAGGCAAAGGAAAUUUGCGCCAGUCGAGGGAUAUUAGCAGAGACGUUUACAGAAGAAGGGGAUCCUCGAUCAGCAAUAUGCGAUGCAGUUAAGAAGCUGAACGUAACUCUCCUGGUAAUGGGUGAGCGUGGGCUCGGAAGAAUCAAAAGGGCAUUCCUUGGAAGUGUAAGCAACUACUGUAUUAAUAAUGCGAAUUGCCCUGUUCUUGUUGUGAAGAAACCAUAAAGAAGAUCAGUAAUCCGGAGAUUCAUCAGAACGUAUCAGAGUUUUGCUGCAGCCUACUUAGGAUUCGGAUAGAUGUAAUCCUGCCUUCAUCAUCAGGCACAUAUGCAACAAGUUUGACAUCUAAGUUCAGUAAAGUUCUUGUUAUUUUUCAGAAGCAGAUGAUAAGUACUAUUUGAUACGCUCAGGAAUAUACAAGAAAAUAAUGGCUUCAUACUUAUAA